AUGCAGCUGGGCGGGCCAGCAGCGUCCCACCACGUGGGUGGCGCUCGACAUUGUCGUCUCGUCGCUCUCUCCGUUGCGGUGUUGCUUGUCGUGCUCCUCAGUCACGGCGUCGAGCACGCUCAAGGGCUUGCAUUCGUUCCGGUGCUCAAUACCUUCGCUAGGCCUGAGGGAAGCGGCCACAAGAUGGAGAGCCGCUUUCUCUGUCAGGAGGGUGGCGGCUACAUGGCUGGUGAGCCGACGGCCGUGAUGCACACCGCUGUCAUCGAGGCGGCGCGCGGUGCCGGCGCUGGCACGGAGUGGUACGCGUACCUUGGGGCCAGCACGGACGCCAGCACGGCUGGCGAUUGUCCUCCACCCCUCACCGAGCAUAUCCUCGGCUCCGGUGCGGGCCUGUCCUUCAGCUGCUACUGGCGCUGGAACCAAGGCCGCUGGACCGAGACAGAGGAUAACCCGGAGCUGCCGCUGCACAUCAGCAACGUUGGUGUUACCUUCUACAUCGGCAACUACUUCGGGAAACCGGAGUCGCCGUCCGUGAGUGUGUACGGCGUGCAGGGCGGCUUCCCGUCAUGGUUCAAUGCCACCGCCCCCAGGAACUCUCUGUUGCGGCCGAGCUCUAUGUUUGGCCAGGACCUCCUUGCCGUUGGCAACGGCGACACAUCCACCUGGUCCGACAACAGGGCCUCGGGCGGCUACAGCUACGCCGGAUUCCUCUUUAGCAGCAUCUACAAUGCCAGCAGGUGGAGGGAAGAGUCGCAGAGGGCAAGCCAGGCAUUCUUCUGGGCUGUGUGCCAGACACAAGGUCCCAGCCGUGGGAUGUACGAGCCCCAGGACACUUCGAGCAGCCUGCAGAACAACUGGUGGGCCAUCUUCUUCUCCAUUCUCAUGGUGCUGUGCCUCGUCGUCUUCACUGCAACGGCGUGCUGCCAGGACAACGAAGAUAUGGACGAGCCGCCGGAGGAUGCGCCGGAGUGGGCGCAGGAAGAGAUGAAUCAGGCCACGCGCACAAAGUCCUUUGUGUCCACACGCUCCUUCGUGCAGCAGUGCACCCAACACACCUCAGGCGACUACGACGGGGAUAUGGGAGACUCGGUGCAGCAACUCAACACGGAGCAAGGCACCAUGUACGGCGCCAACCACGGUGCGGCAAAUCAAUACCCUAACUGCUUCUCGAGCCCGAACGGCGUCAAGAACGAAGGCGUCAACCCCCUGUACAGUGGCGACCGGAAAGCCACAGGCAGUUGGAUGUAA